UCUCCUCUCUUUCUGUAGCUGUUGUAGGACUGGCUAUGGCCACUGCUACUUCCGGGUUCCGUCAUUUCAUUCUCCUGCCGAUCAGCGCAGCAAACUGACUCUGUUCUAUAAGCAAGCUAGCAGCCAACCUGCCAACACUCGCUGACACUCACUCAUCUCAGACCGCGAGAUAGAUGAAAUACCUACGGGGGAAAGGAAAGAUCUGAAUUGCAAUCUCUUAAUUUCUACUGCUUUUUUCUUUUUACAGUAAUAAUAAAACAAGAUAGCGAUCCGGAGGCAGAAGGGAGACGUGGACUUGCUGGAUGAAAACGGGCUAAAAAGAUUCAUCCUCUCUUGAACAUCAUCACCAACCAUCAUUCAUUCAUUACCUUGACAACCCCUGGCUUUGAUUGACAGCUGGAGUGGCAAAAAGCCAUGAGACACGACAGUUUAGUUACAUGCAGGUUGUUGAUGGGCCGAUUGUAACCUUCAGUUGGGUGCUUGACAUUUUUUCUGAUUUGGGGAAAGAGGAAAACAAGAAAAAUUGCAAAACUCCUCCUGAUGCUUCUGCUUCAACUCAACCACAUUGGAGAAUAGGAGAAUUCGAAAAGUUGGUUGAAAAAGGAAUCUUAACUCUAAAUCACUUUCUAACCGGACUGGGAUAUUAAAUAUACGACACAUCCAGGAGUUUAUUGGAGCGCAGCCUGAUGGCGCAAAGGUACGAUGAGCUGGCCCACUACGGUGGGAUGGACGGAGUGGGAGUCCCGGCGUCUAUGUACGGAGACCCGCAUGCUCCCCGGCCGCUUCCCCAGGUCCAUCAUUUGAACCAUGGACCGCCGCUCCACGCGAGCCAGCACUACGGUGCACAUGCACACCCCAACGUUAUGCCCACUAGCAUGGGCUCCGCUGUCAAUGAUGUUUUAAAGCGGGACAAAGAUCAAAUUUAUGGUCACCCAUUAUUCCCCCUGCUCGCGCUGGUUUUUGAGAAGUGCGAGCUGGCGACAUGCACUCCGAGGGAGCCCGGGGUAGCAGGCGGGGAUGUCUGUUCCUCAGACUCCUUCAACGAGGACAUCGCAGUCUUUGCCAAACAGGUCCGAGCAGAAAAACCUUUAUUUUCAUCAAAUCCAGAGUUGGACAAUUUGAUGAUUCAAGCCAUACAAGUAUUACGGUUUCACCUUUUGGAAUUAGAAAAGGUCCACGAGCUCUGUGACAAUUUUUGCCACCGGUACAUCAGUUGUUUGAAAGGAAAAAUGCCAAUAGAUCUGGUUAUUGACGAACGGGAUGGAAGCUCAAAGUCAGACCAUGAGGAGCUCUCAGGAUCUUCGACUAACCUAGCCGAUCACAACCCUGCUUCCUGGAGAGACCACGAUGACGCCACCUCCACACACUCCGCCGGCACACCUGGACCCUCCAGUGGAGGCCACGCAUCACAGAGCGGCGAUAACAGCAGUGAACAAGGUGAGUCCAAAACGCA